AUGCCGAGAAACGUGAACUCUCCGACAUCUAUGAUACGCGUUGGAGCAGGCGACGAGACUGGGGACUAUUACAUUACCUUUUGCAAUUUGCCAUUUCAUUCGACCUGGCAAGGGAUAAAAGAUUGGGUUUCAACAUCUUGCCCUGUUGAUUAUGUCGAAAUAUUUCCUUUGAGCAGUUCGGGAUGGAUCCGCCUCAAGGGCAAGGAGAAUUUUACAACAGCGCUUGCAUACAUGGAAAACGAACCAUUUAAAGAGCGAUGUUUAAUCAUUGAUGGCCGAAACGAAACCGAACCUCUAGAGAUUAGGGUUAGAGAGACCAACCCACUGCGGCCACGCUCCAACCGGAGAGCAAGCUUAAACGGGGGGAGUCGAGGCCAGAGAGCGACACCGAGGCAGAUCCCAUCGCCAUACCAGGCCGCCACUCCACGACGCCGUCGCACUGGCAGCUUCAAUCGGAGCGAAGCCGACGCUGUUGGCCACGCAGACGGCACAGAGGGGUUGGCGAAUGAUGAUUAUUUGGCUCUUGCCCACUUCAUGCUUAGCAUGAGCCUGCAGAACACUAUGCGAAUGCACUAUUACACUAUGCCGCUUGCCUAUCCGGUUUACAAUGGGGGCUCUUAUACUAUGGGUAACUUUGGCAAUUCGCCUUACUAUUAUGACAACCCUAGCCGAGAGGAAUCUACCGUUGCCGAUGAGGGCUCCCAGGACAAUUGA